AUGGAAGAAUAUUUAAGAAAGAAAUAUAUGAAAAAUAAUUUGAAAAAAGGCAAAGAAAAGAAAAAAGGAAAUAUAAAAAUUUAUGAUUGUGAAGAAGAAGAUAUAAAUGAAGAGGAUAUAUAUAGAAAUAAAAAAAAAAAACAUAUGGAUCAAAAUGAUCAAAUAUAUUAUAGAGAAGAAUUUGAUAAUUAUGUCGAAUCUGAUGAAAAUAUUUCAGAUGUCCCAAUAACCAUUACAGACACAAAUACUAUGAAUGUUAUAGAGAUAUCUAAUGAAAAUAAAAAAAAAAUUUUAGAUUCUUUACAAAGUGGUCGUCUAAUACAAACGUCAAGUAAUAAUAAGAAAAGAAAAAAAAGUAAGAAAAAGGAAAGCGAUUCGGACAUGUCCGUUUGUAGAAAUAAAAAAAAUAAUAAAAGUGAUUCGGACAUGUCCAUUUGUAGAAAUAAAAAGAAUAAUAAAAGUGAUUCUGAUAUGUCCAUUUGUAGAAAUAAAAAAAAUAAUAAAAACAGCGAUUCGGACAUAUCCAUUUGUAGGAAUAAAAAAAAUAAUAAAAACAGCGAUUCGGAUAUAUCCAUUUGUAGAAAUAAUAAAAAUGAAAAGAAAAAUUAUUCACCUUCUUUAUCACAUACAGUUUCCAGUAUAAGUGAAAAUAAAAAUUCAGAUUCAAAAUUUAGACACGCACCUUCAAAAAAACAUAAAUCAAAGUCACGUAAAGAAAAAUAUUAUAGUGAUGAAGAUGAAGAUAAAAUAUCUUCUUAUUCUCAAGAUGAUGAAAGCAAGAAAAAUCAAAAAACUAUUUAUAGAGAUAAAAGCGGUAAAAUAAUAUCAAGAGAAAAAUGGAUUGAAGAACAAAAAAAUGAAAUGAAAUAUAAAGAUGGAAAAUAUAAAGAUAAAAGAAAAAAAAUAGAAGAAGAAAAAAAAAAAAAAUUAGAAUGGGAUAGUGGAUUAGUACAAAAAGAUAUGAGACAAAAAAUUAUCGAAGAAAAUGAAAAAUUAAUUAAAAAGAAAAAUAUUAUCAAUUAUGAUUUUGAUUCUGAUUAUGAUAUAGAAUUAAAAAUGAAAAAAAGAAAAGAUGAUCCAAUGAAUAUAUAUAUAGAAGAAAAAGAAGAAAAAAAUCAAGAAAACAAAAAACUUACUUGUCGUUAUCAAUCACCAUAUAAUCGUUUUAAUAUUCAAGCUGGUUAUAGAUGGGAUGGUGUUAUAAGAGGUAAUGGAUUUGAAGAAAGAAGAUUAGAAGCACAAAAAAUGAAAGAACAACAAAAUAAAUUGACCUAUAUAAAUAAUACAGCAGAUUUAUGA